CCUCACCUCAUGUCGCAGCUUUUCUCGACUCAACACAAACUCCAUCUCCAAACAACUUCUUUUUCCCACCUGGACGACCUCACGGCCAACAUCACGUACACGUUCAUUGUUGAGUGAUAUGGAGUCAAGCCCUUCAAUUCAACCACGCGAUAUUGAUCUACCCAUUUCUCUGCUCCAGCUUCUCUCGAAUUCUCUUGUCUUAUAUCAAACCACUCCGUACUUGCCGGUAGCUUCAUUACUUGCCCUUGGAGCCACCUCGAAGUCCUUCAAAGACCUGAUCCACAAUACGCCUAAUGUAUUCAGACAUUUGGACCUGACUAGAGUCAAGUCAGCGCAAUUCGAUAUUGCGGCUAUUGAUCAUGGCGGAGAAGUAUGGAGGAAUGUUCAGUUAGACGAAAAUGUCACUGAGGACGACUUCUAUGGCGGACCACUUCGUGGUAUCUUGAAUACUCUCCACCGGCGGAACAUCAUUCAAGAUGUCCAGACUCUCGUCCUCGAUGGCCUUUCGGUGACCUCCGAUCUUGUCUCGGACAUUAUCCUCCAAGAACGUUACAAUGUUCGUCUGUUGUCGAUUAGAGAGGUCCGAAAUCUCAACGAACGCAAGUUGCAGCAAGCUCUCGUCUUUGCUGUUCGACCCUCUAGACCUGCGAAUACCCCAAAGCUCCAAGGACUGUAUAUAUUCGGUGCUAAAGACAUUGCUCCAGUCACGCGAGUUAGUCGGCAUGUCAACAGGUAUCCUCCAGGCGUUGCUCCGAUUGAUACCGUUCCGUCUUACGGUGGGGUUGUCUACUCCCAAGGGGCGCAGAUUGGUGCACAAUGGAAUCAGAAAUCGGGAGACACCCUUGCAGAAGAGAUGGAGAGCGGAUUUGAUAAAUGGUAUCAAGCAAGCGGGAAGGUCAUCGCGAAGCCCCCAUCGCUCGAGUGGGCUAGCACGAUGCUAGUCUGUCAAGGUCUCAUCAAUUUUGAUGCCAUCCUUUGCAGCGGACCCCGUCACUCGACCACUGCAGUUGAGAUCGGUCCAGGUUCGAAAGUACCUUGGUAUCGUAGCAGCUGCUCUCACCUUUCAUCAAUGGUUGCCACUCAUGCUCUUGGCAGCUGUGUUGGAUGUGGCAAAGCGCCCGAAGGGUUUUCCAAAUUCGGAACCUCUCCUCUAGCCCGAUUUCCCCUGCUGGCUCCCCCGCCACUACAUUCGUCCGCAUCAAAGGCCGCCAAAACGCCGUUCUCUGCAUACGAUGAUCGUCUUUUGGUCAGAUGUAUGGAUUGUCUGAAAGGACGAUUUUGUGAAAAUUGCCAUAAGUGGUGGUGUGAAGAUUGUUACGAGGUUCCGGACAACUCCUAUAUACAGGUCUCGCCGCAACACUGGGAAGCUAUCGGCAACCCACCUGGCGGGCAUCUUGAGAAGAACGUCAAGGUACAUAUGGGUCUCUGUGUUGAAGAUUGUCUCGUAGCGGAAAUGAUGUCCGGUGCGGGCAGUAACGGGAUGUGAGGUUAAGACGACUUCACAGAGGAAACGUAUGGGAUAGACUUGAUUUCGUUAUGUCUUACUUGCCCUAGACACUGCUAACUAUUUCUUAGCCAGG